CGCAUGCGCACUCGCUUGGCGCCAAUUUCGGGCAGUCCUUCAGCCAGGCAGCCGCCGGCCACUACCGCUGCCGGCUCCCGUGUGGGGAAGAGGCCUCCUGUCCCCGGCUGGCCGGACCGCCGCCGGGUCCCGUGUGUGGCCGGACCCGCGGAGCCCACCCGCCGCCGGCAUGAUCGGCCAGAAGACGCUGCACUCGUUCUUCCGCGCGGCGCCGCCGCCGAGGAAGCGGGAGCGCUCCCCGGAGCAGGGCGGGGACGCUGAGGCCAAUUUCGCCAAAAAGCUGAAGCUGGUGGAAGAUGAAUCGGGGAAGGCCUCGCCCUGCUCCCCUCCGUUGAGCCCCGAGCAGCUGGAGCGGAUCCGCAGGAACAAGGAGGCGGCUCUGCAGAGACUCGCUUCGCGGAGCGUCCCCGCGGGGUUCGGAGAGGGCUGGAGGCGGCCGCUGGCGGGGGAGUUCACUAAGCCCUACUUCUCCCAGCUAACGGCGUUUGUAGCAGACGAGCGAAAACGGCACACCAUCUACCCACCGCCGCAGCAAGUCUUCACCUGGACGCAGAUGUGCGACGUCCGAGAGGUAAAGGUUGUCAUCUUGGGACAAGAUCCUUAUCAUGGACCCAGUCAAGCUCAUGGACUCUGCUUUAGCGUCCAGAGACCGGUUCCACCUCCACCUAGUUUAGAAAAUAUUUACAAAGAGCUGUCUGCAGACAUAGAAGAUUUCACCCAUCCCGGUCAUGGAGAUCUAACUGGGUGGGCCAAGCAAGGAGUACUUUUGCUCAAUGCUGUCCUCACAGUCCGAGCACACCAACCUAAUUCACACAAGGAAAAAGGCUGGGAACAAUUCACUGAUGCAGUGGUGUCCUGGCUAAACAAUAAUUUGGAUGGACUUGUCUUCAUGUUGUGGGGAGCAUAUGCACAGAAGAAAGGCAGCUCUAUUGACAGGAAACGUCACCAUAUUCUACAGACUGUCCAUCCCUCACCUCUCUCUGUGCACAGAGGGUUCUUCGGUUGUCGGCAUUUCUCUAAAACCAAUGAACUGCUGAAGAAGUCUGGCAAGAAGCCCAUUGACUGGAAAGCACUCUGAGCUACAAACAUGAACUGGGGAGUGUAACCUGAAAUAGCCCUUCUAUCAAGGAUCAUCCCAUUCCUGAAAAAUUGGGCUGGCAUGAGAAUUAUUCUUUAGACUUGGUCUAACUGAAAAACAAAAUGGCCUACUUUGCAGAAGUGCUACCUUUUAAGUAUCUUUUUUUUUUUUUUUUUUUUUUUUACAUUCUGUAUAUGUUAAAGGGGAAAACUAGAGUUUGAUGUAAAGAAUAAUGAAACUUCUAGGUUGUCAAAUUUUAAGCUAAAAUCUGUUGAGCCUGUUCUCAAACCAAAAACCCUGUCUGUUCUUUGCUCAGGUGGAACUAUAUAGGGAAUUCUCAUAUUGAGUUAAACUUAUACGAAAUUCAGUUCUUGUGAGCACCCUUUUUACGGUUAGUGAAACACAUCUUAUUUGCUAUUUUCUCCCCUGUAUUUACCCAAACAUAAAAUCUAGAUUUAAACAUGGGGGAAAAUGGAAGCACCUUUAUACUCUUACAGCAAAAAAGCUAGGUACUGUUUGUUCUGCUAAAGAUCUGUUUAACACAGUUUAAUUUUCCAGAUAUCGAUUUGUUUUCUAUCAGGCAGCUGGACUAGAUGUGUGGUGUUACUGAACACGUCUUUGAACUCCCUGAGGAUUUCAGGGCUAAUAUCCCAGACAAUUGGGGAAGUUGUGACCAAUAUUAGUGAUGUUUCUCUCUUUCAUAUGCAAAGUACUUUGAUAGUAUUAAACUCACAAUCAAGUUCCAUUGGGCAUAUAACACCUCCUUCUAACUACCACAACAGCCUGACUUUCAGAAGAAGUGUUCUCAUGUUAUUUAGUAUGAGUCUUUUGUCACCUGCAUAUGUACCUGCUGAUGACAGCUGAACUUCAAGGUGAUCCUUCAGGAUGGUAUUAGAACAUUUCAUGUCACUCUUCAACAUGUUUGAAUGUACAGUAAAAUCAGGACACCUCAGAUGUAGAAUUGGUUCUGUGCAUUUCAUAGUCAUGAAUGAACAGAAUUGUCUUCAUUUCAUUUUUUUGAACCUCCUCUCCUCCAGUGUGUAUCUUUCUCCCACCAGUAAUUACAGUUUUGCUUUCAUUCAGAGCUAGUCUGAAGUUGGAGGUGCCUAGCAUCUCUAAAGUUGUUAUAGUCCCUGUUUGGCAUCUGGUUAGAUUGUGCAAACGUAUUUCUCAUGCCAUACUGAUCCAGCAAUAUUUGCUCCCAUUGAAAACAAAUAGAAGUUUUGCCUGAGUAAGAUCUACAGGAGUUGGGUCAACUACUUCAAAGUGGAUUAUUGCCUUUUAUUUUUUUAUUUUCAGUAUGUUGCAAACUGCAGUAUGGAAGUGACAGUGAGCAAAAUGUUCAUGGAGAAAAGGAUCUGUUUGUGAUGGCUGGCUCCAAUAGAAAUUGAAGACCUCAUUCUGCUCCCACAAAGUUGGUGACAGAAGUCCCCCCUAAUGUCAGUGGGAGCAAGGUGGGGCCUUGAUGAAAUUCUAGGAUUUCAGAUCUAGCUCUGAAUUAAUUGAUUCCUUUCUAUUAACUGUCACUGAGUAGAGAAAAAGUUUAGUUUAUCCCUUCUGUGAAAUUGCAUCCUUAUUUUGUACUAUACUAGUACAUUUUACACUAGUACCUAUGUAUGGAGAUCCCAUUUCUGAAUUUGUCCCAGUAGGUAACACUAGUACAAAAGAAAAGGUUCUAGGUUUUAUAUAUAUAUUGUUUAACUAUGGUGUUGUUUUUAAAUAAAAAUUCUACUUUCUUUA